AUGUACUCAUCCGGUCCGAAUUUUAAAGGUAUCAAGAUGAUUCCGCCUGGCAUCCACUUUAUCUACUACAGCUCCUCUAACAGGGAAGGCAGUGAAUUUUCUCCGGUUGUUGGUUUUUUCGUAAAUGCUGAGGCUUCACAGGUAAUUGUUCGGACGUGGGAUCAGAAAGAGGAGCGGUUUAUCAAAUUGUCAGAUGAUGUUGAAGAGGGAUACUCUUGUGCAGUUAAAAGAUUGGAAUUUGAUAAACACCUCGGAUCGUACACAUUGAGCUAUGGCGACUGGAAACAAUUGUCCAACUACAUUACCAAGGAUACAAUUGAGCGUAUCGAACCUAUUGGAGGAGAAAUCACAGUUUCCUCUGAAUCUGGAAUUGCUGGAAAGUUCUCCAUUGCAGCCAUGGAGAGAACCCUAAACAGCCAACUAAAGAAUAGCAAAUUUUCAUCACCUGUAAACACACCCCAAAAACGAGGUUGUUAUUACACUGAAAUUCCUCGAGUUGUGAAGCACAAGGGCAUGUCAAGCAAGGAGCUUACUGAUUUGAAUCUUGAUAAGACCCAACUGUUGGAAAGGAUAUUGGUGAAAGAAUAUGGAGGUGAUGAAGAUGCACUGCUAGCUGAAUUGCAAUUUGCUUUCAUUGCAUUUUUGAUGGGCCAAUCCCUUGAAGCAUUUUUUCAGUGGAAGGAUUUGGUAACUUUAUUCUUUGGAUGUACAGAAGCUCCCCUGCACACUAGGAGUCGGCUUUUUACCAAGUAUAUUAAGGUCAUAUAUUAUCAGCUGAAAUAUGGAUUCCUAAAGGAUCAAAAGGAUACUGGUGCUAAGCCUGAGGUAGUGUCAGUAUUGUUGGAUGAGUCCUGGUUAUCAUCCGAUAGUUUUCUGUACCACCUCUGUAAGGAUUUCUUUUCAUUGGUGCUACAAGCUACUGUGGUUGAUGGGGAUCUUCUGUCAUGGGCGAGAAGACUGAGAAUGCUGCUUGAGGACACUUUUGGGUGGCAGUUUCAACAGAACAGCGCUGGAGUUUACUUUGAGGAAGACGAUGAGUAUGCUCCAGUGGUAGAGAUUUUGGAUGAUGCGGACUGCAGUAAUUCCUGA